CCUGCAAUGAUCCACCUCUACACCGAACAUCUCAAAAAUAUCCGCACUCUUUCCAUCCAGGCGUAUUUGUCCACGCCUUCUAACGACACCACCAAAGUCAGCAUCGACGGCAGUUCAAGCAUUCUCACUUUGACCCACGACGGCGAGAGCGCCAGCGUCCAUCUUCCCGUCACUCUGCACAAUGCUUCGGCCGUGCUGCCGAUCCCGAAGAACCCUGCAAAGGAACUCCACUUCCGCGUUCCAGUCGAGGGAGUGGGCAGCCAAGUCAACGGUAAUGCCAGCCAUUCCCUCGAGGAUGCCAAUUUCGUCCCAUGGACUGGAGAUGUCUUGACCGACGAGACCGAGAUACGCUGCCAAUGUUGCGCCUCCGUCAUCAUCCCGCGGGGCCGUGUCACCCAAUGGAAAGACCUUCCUUCUGAUGGCUGGGCGGAAAUGAUGGAUUUCUGGCAUUGUCACAAACCUGAUGAACCGCACAGUCAUGACCACGCCCAUUCCAGCAAAGGCUAUGCCGCCGGGAGUCAACUCGCCCUUCAGCCUGGCGUGGGCAUGGUGGCCGUCAUGAGCUUUCUGUUGACCCCACAAGACUGCGAUAACAUCGAGCUUCUCCCACAAUCCGAUCAAGCGGCUGAAGACUACUCGACCAUAUGUUGCGCGCAUUGUCACACGUCUCUAGGCCAGACACGUGCUUCUACCCAGGGCUACGAACUACGCAAACCUCAACUAUCCCUUUCACCAUCCCCAGAUGGCCCCUUUGCCACCUACGAUCGCCAGCAGUGGUUCGCAUGCCAACUCCUCAAUGCCGUCGACACUCAAGGCGUAAGGAAAUUCACCGCCUACGAAUCUACCUCCUCUCCCGAAAGCCCAGCUCUGAAACUCUGGCUGUUCGCUGCAGAUCUCGACAUCACCUCCUCUUUCAAGCCGACUGUACAACCUAUUCGCGUGGCAAAAAUCCUCUGGCAGGAUUGCGAGAAUUCCAUCGGCGCAACGGAGAAGUUGACGGGUUCUGUACUGUCGGAGGGAGAAAUCAAAUUCCAGGCAAGCGAGCUUGCGCUGCUCAGACACGCUCUCGAGGAAAGUGGUGCGUUGCUUCCGCCUGCUGCGCGGACGUUUCAGAGGUGGAAGGUGGGGUUGCUGGAGAAGUUUGUACCAGCGAGGAUAUGAUGGAAACGCCCCAGAAUACCUCCACCAAUCCAUUCUUUUACCCGAAUCUGCAAUGUGCACCUCCCCAGUCCAAUGCGGGAGAUGAAUGACGCUGAGUGGUUGUUCCCAUUGUGCACAUCGCACGCCAUACAUGGGGAGAGCCAACGUUGUAGCCGGCGUCGUUAGGCGCCAAUGGG